AUGACGAGGUUAACCAAAAAGCAACGUGACAAGAUCAAUGUUGCUUCUGAACUCAGUGAUGAUGAUUGGGAAGGCCACGAAAGUUUGCUUGAUGAUCAAGAAAAGACGACAACCAUCAAGCUUAGCACUGAAGGGAAGCCAAGAAACGGGCGAAUGGGUAGCUGUGUCAGUGGUCGAAAAGUUGUUGUCGUUACUGAUAGCGAUGGUGACGAGAGUUUCCAAAGUGCGCCUCAGUCGCUGGAGGAUCAUUUGAUUAUGCAUUAUCCGAAAGGUUGUGCAAAAGAAUUAUUCUUGGCAUCCCAAGCAAUCGGAUUGUUGGGGAUGAUUGUGGAAGACGAACACUGUGCCCAUGAAAUUUAUCAAGACUUUAUUACUGUGUUUUUAGAGGAUCUUGUUUCUGAUACCAAAAAGUUCAAGAUUUUGGAUUCUUUAGCCAUUGUCACUUUCUUUGGUUCACAGAAUGUAGAGGACACAGAAAAAGCUAUGCACAUCAUAUGGGAUUUCCUGAUUGGCCAAAAGCAUUCGGCAACUGCUCUAGCUGCAGCAAUUUCUGCUUGGUCCUUUCUUCUUUCCUCAAUGGAAGGGUGGAAGAUUAAUCAAAACUACUGGAAAGGUGCAAUUGCGUACCUGUCAAAUCUGCUGGAGGAGGAGGAUGAUGAAUGUGUCUAUGUCGCAGCAGCUGAGGCAUUGGCGCUGAUAUUCGAGACUGAUAGCAUAGACAAGUUCUCAACUGACGAUUCGUUCAAACAGGGGUUGAAAGAAAGCAUAACAGAGAAGCUGAGGUGCCAGGCUAUGAAAGCAACUGAAGAUGUAGGAAAACAAGAGGCAAUAAAGGAUGUUUUGAAACAUUUUGAGGCUGGAGGUAAAUCCUUAGAAGCAUAUGCGGAAUUUGGAGGAGAUGAACUGGUAUUGUCGACAUGGACUCAGAGAAUACAGCUGAAGUUUGUCAAGAGUUUUCUCGGAGAAGAUGGAUUUGUCAGGCACAUGAAAGAAAAUGAAAUCCUGCAGUCUGUUUUCGAGUUUACACCCAUUGAUGAUUAUUCUAGAAAUAGAGUUUGCUCACCGGAGAGAACAGUGAUGACUCUCCGCUUCUUCGAAAAGAUAGACUGCUCGAUGCUAUCUUUCAUGAGCAAAGAGAAGAAACAGCUCCUCAAGAGAAUGACUUUGUCGUCCAACUCUUGCUUGAACAAGGCCAGGACUCGGUUACUGAACAAGCAGAGAAUGCUACAAUUAGGGAAUGAAUAUGAAGAUUAA